CCUUUCCAGCGUGCGUGCCUACGUAACGGAAGCUACGUUACGUAAAACACAGAGAGCAGGAAGUUUGAUGUGGCUUUGAAUCUCAUCAAAAAUGUCUGCCAUUUUCAACUUCCAGUCACUGCUCACUGUGAUUCUGCUCCUGAUCUGCACAUGUGCCUACCUCAGAGCGCUGGCCCCCAGCCUGCUCGACAGAAAUAAGACCGGACUUCUAGGAAUUUUCUGGAAAUGUGCCAGAAUAGGUGAGCGGAAGAGUCCCUGGGUGGCGUGCUGCUGUGUCAUCAUGGCUUUCAGUAUACUGUUUCUUCAGUAGCAAAAGGACCCAAAGACAACCAACUAAAUGGCGACAUUUGAAGAAACGGACAAACGGUGAAGUGCGGACGGUCUUACCUGAGAAGCACAUUAAGACACUGGGUGGCCGCCGCUUUAAUAACGUACCGAAGUCAAUCUGUCAUGGAAAUGUCGCUGCUGCAGAGACGAAGCCGGUCUUUGUAGGAGGACAACGUCGACUGGCGAGGCUCCAGUGUGUUUUAAAAUCAUUUCACAGACUUUCAGGUCUGUGUCGGAUUAUGUGGAUUGUUUACUCCUGAUCUGUGCAAAUGUGAGAGAAAUACUUCUCAUGGAAUCCCAUUUUCCUUUCUUUUUAAAAAAAAAAACAACUUCACCCAGAGGGAUCCUCCAAAAUAUGUCACACAUUUGCAUAUUAACAGAUUUAAAGUCAGCUACGGAAGUUUUCUUUGAAGGUGUUGCCUUUUUCUUUUUUGUUUGCUCAGAAUUAGUGUUGUACCUCUGCAGAUGUCUAGUUGUCCCUAGUAUUUGCUUCGACGAGCUCCUGAUGUAAAAAGAAAAAAAAAAGUUGGAAGCAGUUUAUUAAAGAACAUAUUUGUAAUUUAGUUCAACUCAUCAGUUUUUGUUAAGUCUUUGUCACAAUGCAACUCUAAAAAUGCCCCAGACAACGGUUUUGAACGUAAUCUAUGAAAGUAAUUGCACAAGCCAUUGUGAUGUUUCAGCAGCUGCAGGACUGAACACUUGUGACAUGAAGUGGUUUUAAGGAUCUUAUUCAAUGAACCUCCUGUUCAAAUAAAAACUAAUCUGCACACGGUGGAUAUUUUUAUUCCGUCUUAAAUGUAUCCAUGCAAAAAUUACAAAUGAUCAAAAAAGAUCUAAAAGAACGUCCACAGAUUAAAACCAAAA